AUGGCAGUUGUGACCCAUCAAACAGCACCGAAUCGGGAGUCGAAUCCUGCGGAGAACGUGGGGCUCGUGCUUUUGACUGGCGCGACUGGUUACGUCGGGGGAAGACUGCUCUCGCGACUCGAAUCUUCCGGAGUUCCGGUGCGAUGCUUGACACGACACCCGGAGAGUCUGGCUCCUCGGGUGGCCGAGACGACGGAGGUGGCCGAGGGAGAUCUACUCAAGCCGGACACGCUCGACGAAGCUCUCAAGGGAGUCGAUACCGCCUACUACUUCGUUCAUUCGAUGGGCACGAACUCCGACUUCGAGAAGGAAGAUCGCGAGGCGGCUCAAAACUUUGUGAAGGCGGCCGACAAGGCGGGUGUUCGGCGGAUCAUCUACUUAGGCGGUUUGGGGGAACGCGACGAGAAUCUCUCGAAGCAUCUGCGUAGUCGCCAGGAGACGGGUGAAAUAUUAAGGGCGUCUCGGGCGGAGGUCAUUGAGUUUCGUGCUUCGAUCGUGAUCGGUUCCGGCAGUUUGUCCUUCGAGUUGAUUCGCGCGCUGGUCGAACGGCUGCCGGUGAUGAUUUGCCCGCGGUGGGUUGCUGUGAAAGCACAGCCUAUCGCGAUCGAGGACUUGUUGGCAUAUCUCACCGAGGCCCUGGCGUUGCCCGACGGCAGAUCGACCAUCGUGGAAAUCGGUGGGCCCGAUCAGGUUUCUUACGGCGAGAUCAUGCAAGAGUACGCUCGGCAGCGAGGGCUGUAUCGUUUGAUGAUUCCGGUGCCGGUGCUCACGCCGUACCUUUCCAGUUUGUGGUUGGGGCUGAUUACCCCGGUUUACGCCAGGAUUGGCCGCAAGCUGGUCGCCAGUCUGAGAAAUCCGACGCUGGUGACGAGUUCGGUGGCGGAAGAGAUGUUCCGUGUGCGACCGCGGGGGAUUCGCGAUGCCAUUGCCCGAGCGUUGGCCUACGAAGAUCGAAAGAUCGCCGAGACGCGGUGGAGCGAUGCCGUAUCGUCUGGCGGGCCCACCAAGUCUUGGGGAGGGAUUCGGUUUAGGUCUCGGAUCAUCGACACGCGGACGACGGAGGUUAGCGUGUCGCCCCGGCAGGCGUUCGCGCCCGUGCGACGCAUUGGGGGCCGCAAGGGCUGGUACUACGGCGAUUGGCUGUGGCAUGUGCGUGGAUUUCUCGACCUGCUUGUUGGUGGGGUCGGAGUGCGGCGGGGUCGUCGCGAUCCGGACCACGUGCGCGUGGGCGAUCCGUUGGAUUUCUGGCGGGUCGAGGCUUAUGAGCCCAAUCAGCGGCUGCGGCUGCAGGCCGAAAUGAAAGUGCCGGGUCGAGCUUGGCUCGAGUUCGAAGUGACAGGCGAGGGAAGCGGUAGCACGAUUCGGCAAACGGCAAUCUUCGACCCCGUGGGGCUGGGCGGGUUGAUGUACUGGUACGCGCUGUACCCGCUGCAUCGCCUGAUCUUCGCCGGCAUGUUGAAGAACAUUGCGGCGGCGGCCGAAGCUGAGCCCGUGGGAGUCGGCCAAGACGAGUACUCUUCUUCAAUUGGGCCAGGGCGGAUCACCCGGAUGCUACUGGCCGACGUGAGUGGUCACGGCGAAACGGUCUCUCGUGUGGCUGUCGGGUUGCGAGACUUGAUGCGGCGGAAUGUCAACUUCAUCAAGCAAACUCGAUUCGUGCGAGCGAUGAAUCAGCAGUUUGGCGAAGCUUGUCAGCAAGAUGGGUUCGCUACGGCACUGGUGAGCACUUUCUUUGCCCCGACCAGAAGCUUCACGCUCUGCAAUGCUGGCCAUCCGGCUCCAUUGAUUUACCGCCAAGAUGCUGCCGCGUGGACGGAACUGACUAGCGAUGCGGAGCCGAGUGAGGCGGUGAGCGACACGCCGCUGGGGGCGGUGGACGAGGCGAAUUACUUUCAGCUCGACGUGCGUCUUCAGCCCGGCGAUAUGGUGCUCAGCUUCAGCGACGCAUUGACGGAAUCGCUCGACACGCCUGGUCAACCAUUGGGAAUGCGGGGAGUUUCGCAAAUCAUUCGUGAAUUAGAUGUCACGAAUCCUGCGGGGAUGGUUCCUUCGCUGAUCGAGCGUAUUUCGGCGCUGAGCGAGGAAAAUUUGGAGCAAGACGACGCGACUGUGUUACUUUGCCAGGCGACCGGAGGCGGGCCGUCGCUGAAGAAGAACCUUUUGGCUCCCUUUCGCCUGUUUCGACCCGUGGUGGAUCGCACUCAGCUUCGCCAGGAGGCUAGGACCGAGGCGACCACCAUCGCCAGCAGGAUCGUGGCAAACAAGAACAUCAAAAAGACGCGCAUAGGACAAGCUCCGGCACGAGUUCAGGAUUCGAUGAGUUUCUCAACAAUCUUGGUGAUGAACUUCGCUCUGGUGGCGGCGCUCACGUUUGGUUUGUGGCUGGUGAGUCUGUUACUUCGUGACGCGAGCAUCGUCGAUAUCUUCUGGGGCUUGGGUUUUGUUGUUGUGGCUUGGGCUUCGUUUCUUGCAGUCGGGUCGUACUCACCUCGAAGCUGGCUGAUCACAGUGAUGGCCACUAUAUGGGGGCUGCGACUGGGCGGCUAUUUGGCCUGGCGGAAUAUCGGGAGUGGUGAGGAUUAUCGCUACCAGAAUAUGCGGAAGCGAUUCGGCAGUGGCUGGCCGAUCAUCAGCCUAUUCUAUGUCUUCUGGCUGCAAGGGCUGCUGAUGUGGAUCGUCGCCUUCCCAUUGCAGGCGGCGCAUUUAGAAAGCAGCGCUCUGGGCGUUCUUGAUGUAUUGGGAGCCGUGGUGUGGCUCAUCGGGAUGUUCUUCGAGUCGGUUGGCGACUGGCAACUGGCCCGAUUUAAGGCCAGUGAGGAGAGCAAGGGCCAGGUAAUGGAUCGUGGGCUGUGGCGUUAUACCCGGCACCCGAAUUAUUUCGGCGACUUCAUGGUGUGGUGGGGGCUGUAUCUUGUCGCUGCGGCGGGUGGUGCCUUGUGGACAAUAUUCAGCCCGUUGGUUAUGUCGGUGCUGUUGAUGCGGGUUUCCGGCGUGACGCUGUUGGAACGCUCGCUCAAGAAGCGACGCCCGGGCUACGAGUCGUACGUGGCUCGCACGAGUGCUUUCUUUCCUUGGCCGCCGAAGCAACAAGUUGCCGGUUGA